CCUAGUGGUACGAGAAUCGAAGUGAUCGCUGGUUUGACGGGUAAGCCGAUCGCUUCGGCACUGAGUGCCGGGAUGAGGACUAGAAUUAAAGGGGUUGUGAGGGGACAUCUAGCAAGACUUAGACUAAACAGCACCAUACCGCCAAUAGAUAGCAUUAAAAAGCUAGUUGGCCAAAUGAUUAGACAAAAGCACCCCGCUAAGAUAGUCUUAGAGGAGCUUGGCCAUAUGCUCAACCACUAUGACGAUGGGCAUGCUCUUUUUUACUAGAACGCAAGGAAGCCAGUACUUAGAUAGUUUUUACUAGAAAAGAAGCCAGUACUUAGAUAGAUGAGCUAAAAGAUACAUAGGAAAUACACUGAAUUGGCCUACCGUCUGCGUUUCUCUAUUAAUUAAUCAAAGUGAUGCUCGUAGCCCCUUCCCUUACGUUUCUAUAACUCAAAGCUCAACUGUACGAUCCAAGAACAGCAGGCAACUAGCUUACUACCUACUUGCUCACUGUCUAGCGUCCCUCUGUCAUCUUGAUAACUACACUACUAGAACUUGGAAACUUGUUACUUACUUAGAGACUUUUUAAUGGAACCUGUUGAAGUAAAAGAGGAUGUGCCUGCCUACCUUUCCAACUGAUAGAAAAAGUUAGCUUUAGUUUAGAUCUGAUGGUAGUACUUAACGCCGCCCAUGACACUGGCCCCCUAUACGGGUGUGAUCCCAGUGCAUGGGCAUUAGCAUAACUGACUUGUCGUGUAUUCGUGACUAAACUGAAAUUAUAUAGAACUGUAGGCUGAGGACCAACUUGUCCGUAGUGUUUCAAUUUUUACUUGGCGAUUGGAAGAGGUUCCUUUGUUAUCACCUUGUUUGUUCUUGGAAGAAAUAACUGCAAGGCCGUGGCGGUGUGGUGUUUGUCUUGAAAACUGAAAGAAAGUAGUGCUCUACAGUUCCUGGAAUUCUUGGAUGUAAAAUACCUGCGUGUUGUGCUGUUGAGAAUAAAAAGGUGAAAUGGAACGGCUCGGAUAUGAAUGGAAAUCUGGCGAGUAAAAAUAGUUCUGGCGUUGUCUUUUCUUUUAGUAAUGUGCGGCUCUUUGGAUGGUGGUGGCUUGUAUAAAUAAGCUCACUUUUUGAGUUUGCUUGUUGCUAUAUGGAUGGUGGAGGAUUGCGUAAUCAUAUAUGACUAGCCAUGUAAGUCCCUGUGAUCCCUAUACGUGUUUGCGUCUUUGAUAAAAAACAGAUUUUGAAAAUUUGCCACUCUAUGAAAAAUCUACUUGCUUUCGUUUUGGAUGGAGGAGGGUGUUUAAGUUUUGAGCUUUAAGAAAGUUGGAGCUUGUUGUUGUGUCUACUUACCUGUUUUAUGGAUGGUGGUGGGUGUUUAAGUUUUACUUGGAUGGUGGUGGGUAUUUACUUGAUUAUUUAAGUGAUUGACUAUUCUGAUUUCUUAGGAUGAUGAACUAGUGCCGCUGUACGUUGAUGCACUUUUUACUUUUUACUUUUUUACUUCCGACGUGGUGGCUUCGUUUACAGUGUGCUGAACUCGAAAACUCCUCCAUGGAUGUGAUGACCCAUGAAAAUCCCGUUUAGGUUAGCAGAGGAUUGAAGCUAAUUUUGUCCACCUUUGAGAAGGA